UGGCAGGAUCACACACAAUGAAGAAGAGGAAUAGGACGAAUCCUUGAAGCGCAGCCGUAAUGCAAAAAAGAUAAGAAAAUAUCAAUCCAGCCCCCAUUUUGGCAAAAACACCAAAGAGCCAGGUGAUACCAAUGUCCAUACAAUUCUUCAUUAUGAGGCGUCUGGCCUUCAUCACGGGCAUCCUGCUCAUCCUGACGUUAUUGAACAAUCCGUCAAACGGGCUGGCCAAGGUAAAACGGAGCGUCGAUCUCAAUGACGUGUAUCAGUACCAAUCACGGCAAAAUCGAUUGCCCAAGGGAUUACGACCAACCAGCUAUCGACUGGAAAUUGAACCGUCGAUAUACGAAGCCAAGUUCAAAGGACGUGUCAGAAUUAAUAUCACUUGGACUGAUACCAGUGACAGAAUAAUUCUAAAUGCUCAUCCCGACCUGGCAAUAGAUGGUUCAGGGAUUAAAGUUAAGGAAUUAGGUGUUGAUGAAAGAAAAGACAUCAUCACACCGGCUACUGGAAUAAAUGUGGCUGGAACUACACACAACGCUAAGAAAUCGUGGUACGUCAUAGAAUUGGAGCAAAUGUUGAGAAAUGGAACUAAAUGUGAAAUAGACAUGAAGUUCACUGGUAACAUCACGACAAAUAAAACUUCAGGUCUCUUCAGACGAGAAUACGUCGAUUCCGCUGGAAAGAGUCACAUGGUACUCGGUACAUAUUUUCGUCUUGACAAUGCCCAAAACAUGUUUCCAUGCUUCGACGAACCACCGUACAAAACUAAAUAUCAGCUUAGUGUCUUGAGACCGAAAAAUAUGACGGCUCUAUCGAACACAGAACUUGACAGAAGUACAGAUGCUCCCGGUAAGCCAGACUUCGUCUGGGACCAUUUCAAGGAAACGCCAGAAAUGUCAACGUUCCAAUUGGCACUGGCUAUCACGGAUUUCGAGAGCAUCAGUCCAACGAAGAUGGUCAAUGAGAUGAACGGUACAAGAUUGAACGUUAAAAUCUGGGCUCGUAAGGAAUACAUCGAUUCGUUGAAAAACGUGCCGGAUAAGGUGGUGGAAAUAAUAAAUUAUCUGCAAGAUUAUUUCAAUUGCUCGAUCGGUCUUCCUAAGCUUGACCUAAUGGCCAUGCCAUUUUAUACUGCUACCAAAUCAUCUGACAACUGGGGUCUCAUGUUCUUUAAAGAGAGCGAACUGAGCGGUCAUCAAUUAUGGAACAUUGCUUAUGAAUUAAUUUAUCAAUGGAUUGGCCAAUACAGGACGCCAUUCCGUUGGAGCGACGUCCCAGUCAAUAAAGCAUUAAAUUCUUUCUUGGCGUCCAUGACCACAGUCGACAUCAAUCCAGACGAAAUGAAUGGAAAGUGGCCAAUGACUGUCCUCUAUUCUCUCUACUACGAGUUUGGAAAAGUUUUUCCAUUCUCGAGAGUCGCCGGAAUACGCGAGGAGGCAAAAUCUGCCAAAACCGAGCUAAUCUUUCGGAUGUUCAGCUACACGCUCGGGAAGGAUCUCUUCCGCAAAGGGGUGCGACGAUUCGUUCAGCAAGAGAACCAGGAACAGUCGGAAGAGUACUCGACUAAUCGUUACUGGCUAAGUUUAAUUAGGACUCCAAGGAUCUUCUUUGCUGAUGAUAUAUACAGCAGACUUAACGAUGUAGCCAACGAGACCAACAAUCUACCGGAAGGACUCACCAUCAAUGAAAUUGCAGCGCCUUGGAUUGGAAGAAAUAGAGUACCGUUGGUUACUGUGACACGUGAUUACGAAGCCGGAACUAUGAUGUUCAGUCAGAAAGUCUUUCUGCGAGAAACAUCUUCCCGUGUUGUAGCAAAAUCAAAUUACGAAUGGGACAUACCUAUAGUGAUGCUUCCUCAGGAUAACCUCAAUUUUAGUAACACAAAACCUGUCGCUUGGAUGACCAAAGGAAAUGGCAACUUGACGAUACAUGACAUCACUGACAAGAAUUCUUUCAUCAUUGUGAAUCCUGAAGAGAUUGGCAUGUUUCCGGUGAAUUAUGAUUCCUGCAACUGGAAGAUGCUGGCGGAGUUUCUGCAAGGACCAAAUCGCCAGAUGAUUCCCGUUUUGACAAGAGCAAAAUUACUUCACGACGCUUGGAAUCUCGCUUACGGCGGGGAAUUGUGCUUUGAAACUGCAUUGAACAUGACACAUUUUUUGAAAAAUGAGAGAAGUCACGUGGUGUGGGAACCAUUGUUCACGCUGAUCGAUCACGUCGGAAGACGCAUCGAAGGUGUUAGCGACGUUUAUGCUAAGUUUGAAGUAUAUAUUCGCAGCUUACUGGAACCACUUUAUGAAUAUCUUUUGGAAAGUUCGAAAAGUUAUCGCGAAGAACCGUCUUGGAUGAUUCAUAUGAAAGGUUUGACGAAGAAUUUCUUGUGUCGCGUUGGAUAUCAGUCCUGCAUACAGGAAGCACGUGAACAAUUCAAAAAAUGGAUGGACAGUGAGGAGCCAGAUAAAGGAAAUCCGGUUAGCAACGAGUUUAUCUGUCCAGUCUUCAAAUGGGGCACAAAGGAAGAAUGGGAAUUUGGUCUUCAACGUGUCAUCAAUUUCCCUAAAAAUUCCUUGGAGCGGAAACAAAGUGAACGAACGUACCUCCUAAAGACAUUAGCAGGAUGUACCAGAGAUCUGUUAAGCAUUGAAAAACUUUUAAACAUGACAUUACUAGAGGAAAACUCGCAUUUUACAAACUCUGAUAUUCAGUUGGUCCUAAGCAUGCUGACCGGAAGUGCAGGUGGUUACCUCACUCUAUAUCAUUUCCUUAAACAAAAUUGGAACGUUCUAAAAGAGAGAUACAAGGACGAUAAACAUUUAUGGGAUGGAAUCGUUAGUUCUGCUACUUCAAACUUUAAUACUCAAGAAGGUUACGAUUUGGUUUCUGGACUCCACUGCUUAUCUAAGCAAAGCGGGUUGGACAGCGCCAAUUGGAUAAUUGAGGAUGCAUUAAAAAAUAUUUUAGAGGAAACGAAGUGGAACGAGAAGAAUUUAAAGGUUAUCAAUUCCUGGCUUACGGACAAUUUGUCCAAAGAUUUAUUGGACUCUAUCGAUGCCGCUAAUAUUUCUCAUACUAUUGACAAUCCUCAUUACCCCUUAGUAAUCCUUAGUACUCCUACUCCAUGUAUCACUACUAUACAACCGAUUGGUGGUUAAAAAUAUAUUUAAUCGAUGUCAGGUCAAAAAUUUUUAUAUAAUAAUAUAUACGAAAAAAAAAGAAUAAGAAUUGAAAUGAAAAAGUCGAUUAAUUAUAUGCUGUUGUAAUUGUACACUAAUAGAAAAUAAGAAUGAAAACCAUGUCGAUACUUGAUCGAUUAUUUCAAUUUGAUGUCUAUGUCAGUGAGGAUAUUUUUUAUAAGGAAUUUUAUUAAAAAUCAAUGAAAAGCUA